AUGUUCCUGGCACCUCGCCGCUAUGUUCGCUCAAUCCUGGGCGGCCUGGCCAUCUUUGGCAUCAUCUAUUAUGUCCUUGGCACGGUGCCACAGGCCAGCGAUGCGGCGCGCCGGGUCAGUCUGGACCACUUUAUGAAUAGCGAUUCUGUACCACCCGUCAUAUUCAAGAAGAGCAGCUUCGACUGGAGCCAGGUUCAGCACAAAUAUUUGCCGCCCGAUGUCGUGACCCCACUGCCCACGGACAAGGCCCGGGCUCUACCCCAGGUUCAGCACCAUUUUGGCCCGGAAUCGCCGCAGGCCGCGCGAGUCCGUGAGAAGCGACGGGCUGCUGUCGGAAAGGUAUUUCAGGACGACUGGCAGAAUUACAAAAAGUUUGCAUGGAAAAUGGAUGCCCUGAACCCUAAAUCCGGCACUGGCAAGAACCAGUUUUCGGGCUGGAUGGCCACCCUGGUCGAUGGUCUUGACGCUCUCUGGAUGCUGGGAUUAAAGGAUGAAUUCGAAGAGGCACUUGCUGUUGUGGCUGAGCUCGACUUUGGUACAUCCACCGAUUACCGUGUCAAUGUCUUUGAAACGACUAUUCGCUAUCUCGGCGGAUUUCUCGCAGCCUAUGACUUGAGCAAGCGGGAGGUCCUGCUGAAAAAGGCCGUCGAGCUCGGCGAUAUGCUUUACUCUGCGUUCAAUACCGAGUUUCGCCUCCCCGUGGACUUCAUGAACUUUGAAUCUGCCAAGUCCAGUAACGGGUUGAGUCUGGAAUCUUGGGUUGUUUCUGCUUCCCCGGGCACGCUGUCGCUCGAAAUGACGAGACUCUCACAAGUGACUGGGGAUCCCAAAUACUAUGACGUUGUCAAUCGGCUCAUGGAGCUCUUCCGAGACCAGCAGAAUUCGACCAGGAUUCCUGGACUGUGGCCGAUAUGGGUUUCGCUCUCCAACAAGGACACCAAGAGCCGCGAAGCCUUUACCCUUGGCGGCAGCGCCGACUCUCUAUACGAAUACCUGCCCAAGAUGCACGCCCUGCUCGGCGGCGGCAACCCCAUGUACGCUGAAAUGACACAGGGCUUUUUGGCUGCCGCAAAGAAGGAGCUCUUCUUUCGGCCCAUGCUCCCCGGCGGCGAGGACAUUUUGAUUUCCGGCAACGCCCAGGUAUCCUCCAACGGUGACGUGACAUUUGACCCGGAAAGCGAACACCUGACGUGUUUCAUCGGCGGCUCCGUCGCCCUGGCCGGGAAGCUGCUGGAAAACCCCGAAGACGUCACCGUUGGGAGCAAGCUUGCCAAGGGCUGCGCCUUUGUCUACCAUUCGUUUGCCAGCGGCGUCAUGCCCGAGCGAUACAACAUGGUGGCCUGCGAACCGAAAGUCACGGACACGUGCCCGUGGGAUGAGAAGCGCUGGGAGGAAGGCACAAGGGCACGCAGAGAGUACAAGGAGAUUUUGCCAAAGGGGUUCACCACCGCAAAGGACCCCCGCUACCUACUACGGCCCGAGGCGAUUGAGAGCCUGUUCCUCCUCUACCGCAUGACGGGUGACACCGAGUACCAGGAGUCUGCGUGGAAGAUGUUUGAAUCCAUCGAGAAGCACUCGCGCACGACGCACGGCCACGCGGCCAUUCUCGAUGUUGUCACAGUCUACGACGAGGCUUCCAGGCAGAAGAACCUGGAAGAUUACAUGGAGAGCUUUUGGUUUGGAGAGACGCUCAAGUACUUUUACCUCAUCUUUUCUCCGCCUGAUCUGAUUGACUUGGAUCAAUACGUCUUGAAUACAGAGGCCCAUCCAUUCAAGAGGCCAGUGGUGUCAACCGCAUGA